AUGGUUGGGCUGUCAGCGUCCGAGUUACCGGAAGAGAGACUCUUUCCAGGUGAUACGAUCGAGUACUUUUCGAUGACGUUUGUAGCGGGAGAUCCUCGUGGUCAUCGUGUUGCUAAAAUUCUGCGCGUAAAUCACAAGAAUGAUGAGUUUCCGAUUGAAGUGGACACUCAAGAGAUGCUCCCACUGACUAUUAUGCUCAAAAGGAAGCGAGAUCGGAUCGAUACUGAUAUCUCGUCGGAUGAUGCCAAGUGGCGAAAGCUGCGGACGUUUAGAUUGGAGGAUGGAGAGGUAGAGGGUGAGACUCGAUCAGAUCGUUUGAAUGCUGGGCUGCAUAAGAGUCUUUCGGAUGCGAUGAAAUCGACAAAGAGAAAAGUCGCAAUGAAGCAACAAGAAGAGUCAAAUAAUCGAAGCAAGAAACUGAUGCAGGUAUUCUUGACACAGCCAAAUGUUACAUUGGAUGAAGACAAGACUACAAGCAGUCAACAAGGUGUGGUAGAUACAAUAUUAACACCCAAACGCAAAAAGAAAGGAAAAACUUGGACUCAGAAAGGUAACGCCGACGACUAUUCGGAUGUGCGACCUCACGACAAGUUUGUUUUGAAGAAAAAUUAUUAUAGUGACAAUGCGUCCCGGAGAAAUCGAUUUGAAGACAAAACAGCGCAAUCUGAGCAGAAAGUGAAGUACGACGCAAAGAAGCUUGACUUGCGGAAGAGAAAGCGCGUUUUCGCAACACCGGCGAAACCUAAAAGAGUAGAUACAACACGUAGCACAAAAAGGGUCAGCAAGUACUUCAGUGGAAAGCAAGAACAGCAUCGGCCCAGGAAGAGACACAAUACCGAUCUAAGUAAGUUCAUGAAUCAUGUACAGGAGGCUGAUGAUAUCGAAGAAAUUGAGGAGCAGAAGCGUAUUGUGUGGGGCUUGGAUGAAUAUUAUGCUCUAGACAACAAGAGGAAGGCACUCGAGGCAGAAGACACAAAAAGUCAAGAAUGUUCUCGUGAGUCUAGCUCUACACUUGCAGUCGAGUCGGAAAAGACGGCGUGGAGCCAACGGCGGAAAGAUUAUCGCAAAAUGAACCGAGAAUCAGACGCGCUCCGCUCGUGGUUAAACACUCUGGGCAACGCUAAAGACAUAGAAAAAAAGGUCAGUACUGGCAUCCACAGCGAACCAAGCAACAAGUGCUGA